AUGGUAUCUUGCAUGCAAGGUAUGGCUUCUUCGCGAUCGACGAGCAGGAGUGCUAGUGCAGUACCAGCCAAACCUUACCCGUGUUACAUGCAUUGAACUGUGUGUAUUGGGAACGAACGGUGCGAGAGUUCGUUUCUUUGUCCGAGAUCGAUCAACAUGGCCGCGAAAGAUGUCGCGUCGAUGUUUCAAUAUUGGAAAGAAUUCAACUUAACACAGCUUCAGAGAGAACUAGACGACACAGCGACAGACUUGGCCAACAGACAAGAUGAGAGUGAUACAUCCAGAAAGAGGCUGGUUGAACAAAGCAGGGAAUUCAAGAAAAACACACCAGAGGAUGUCCGCAAACAGGUAGCUCCCCUGUUGAAGAGCUUUCAGGCUGAAGUGGAUUCCUUGUCUAAACGAAGCAAAGCAGCAGAAGGAGCCUUCCUCUCAAUUUACAAGAAACUCAUCGAUACACCAGACCCAACAUCAGUAUUAGAAUAUUGCGUCAAUCUGCAGAAGAGAGCCCAGAAAGCACAGGAUCUGGAGAUUGAGAAUCAGAAGUUAAGAGAGACAUUAGAAGAAUAUAACAAGGAGUUUGCUGAAGUUAAAAACCAAGAGGUAACAAUCAAGAAUCUUCAGACGAAAUUAAAGGAGUAUGAGGAGAGAUCUGAGUCUGUGGCUCAGGCGAGAGCUGACGAGAAGGAGAAAGAACUUCAGAGAGACUUCGCUGAAAAAGAAAAGCAAUUGCAAGAGAAGCAGAUGUCUGUAGCCAAGAAGCUUGGUGAAGCUGAGCUUAAAAUCACAACUCUCCAAAAUGCAUUGGAUAACACACAAUCAGAGCUGUUUGAUAUUAAGGCCAAGUACGAUGAGCAAGGAGAAGCCAAGUCCGAUGAGAUGGAGCUACUAAUGACCGACCUAGAGCGAGCCAAUCAGAGAGUAGGGGCAAGUGAGAAGCUCAUCGAGGGUAUGAAGGGCCAGCUACAGUCCGCUACGCAGAGUCUACAUCAGGCUGAACAGAUGCAAAGCGCCCCCAAUGUUGAGCAGGCCAUUGAUAUACUGACAAGGUCCAGUCUUGAAGUUGAACUGACAGCCAAAGAGAAAGAGAUCUCUCAGCUGGUUGAUGAUGUUCAACGUCUCCAAGCAUCAAGCAACAAACUAAGGGACAGCACGGCAGCACGCAUCCAGAAGCUAGAGGAGGAAUUGGCCACAAGAAACAAUGCCUUUAAGAAACUGGAGGAGAGACUGAAGGGACAGAGUGACUAUGAAGAGAUCAAACGAGAGUUGAAUGUUCUCAAGUCAAUCGAGUUCAGCAGCUCUGAGGGUGGAUCCAUCAGCGAGAAGGAAGACGGGGAGGGGGGAAGCCACGCCCCCCUGCCACCCAAGUCCUUGGAGAUGCUGUUACUUGAGAAGAACAGGGCGCUUCAGACUGAGAACACCACACUCAAAGUCAACAAUACUGAUCUCAAUGGAGGUAGUGGGGUUGGACCUGGAGGGCUGGCCCAAGCUCAAGCCUUUGCAUCGCUCAUCGGUCAGGAGGUAGCGGCGGCGUACCACCAGCGAACAGCCAUGAACACCCAAAUCCCAGGCUCCCAGAUCAUUCAACCCAUAAUUGUGAUCCCGCCAUCGUUGAACCCCCAUGGCGCCGCGGCUGCCCCUCACAUGGGGUUCGUCCACCCCAUGGCCCAGUCGCACCUUCACCAGCCCCUGCCCAUGUCCCAGUCUCCUGUUCCAAGCACAAGCCAUGUCCACACGCCUGAACCACCCCAGCCCCCGAAGACACCACCCAACACCAUUGCUGCGGUGCGGGAGGCAGCGGCAAGGGAACUCGCAGCAAGAGAGGCAGCCUUGCAGCAAGCGGCCCUCAGGGAACUUGCCAUGUCGCACCAGUGGGUGGAUACAGUGCAGGUGGCCAGGCGAAUCAAAGACAUUCUUGCCGAUAAUAACAUAGGGCAGAGACUGUUUGGGGAAGUUGUGUUGAAUAUGAGCCAAGGUUCAGUGAGUGACUUGCUUUCGAGACCAAAACCAUGGGACAAGAUGACUGCCAAAGGAAGAGAACCAUUCAUCAAGAUGCUUCAGUUCUUAUCCAGUCAUCAUCAUCUUGAAAGACUCAAGAUCAUCAAUCUUCAGAAGAAAGGCAAGGAGUCUCCUCCUGGACCCACUGCUAUAGCAUCUCCUGUCAAGGCUUCCUCAGACGAAGCCAUCAACAACAUCUUAGCUCUUGCCAAACAAGAAAUGGAAGCUCAGAAAGCCAUGGCUCAUGAACACGCCAGACGCAUAGCCCAUGAAAGAGAGGAGUAUGACAGACACUCUCUGCGCUCCAGUCCUGACAGUACCCACUCGUUCUCCCCAAAGACUCCUCUACGCAAUGAAAGUGAAGCCUUGGACAUGUCCAUGGGAUCGGACAUGAGGCACCUGCGGGACCUUCGGCGGCGCUCCCUCAAUUCCCUGUCAGGCGAGGGCCUCCGAGAGCCUCCGACACCUCCCAACCUGAAUGGUGACAUCGCCAGGAAGGUGGAGGAAACCCUAGAGAAUAUCAGCAAGACCCAUGCUAUGAUGCAGGACAGCAGCCCCAUGACGUCAGCGUAUGGCCCAGGAAGGGCUCCAAAGCGGAUCUUGCCUCCCCUCUCGUGCGGCCAGUAUGAAAACAGUAAAGAACUUGACACAGUUGACAUAGCAAGGCAAGUGCGAGAACUGCUAGUCAAGGGAAACAUACCCCAGAGGGUCUUUGGAGAGCACAUCAUCGGCAUGUCCCAGGGGAGUGUCAGUGACAUCCUGUCAAAACCUAAGACAUGGGACAAGCUCACUAUCAAGGGCAAGGAGCCUUUCAUCAGAAUGAAAAUCUGGCUUGAUGAUGGAGGAAGAAUGGACAAACUGAAGGAGCUGGUGCGAAGAGGAAACUACUCCUUCACUGAUAUGUCCAAUUCCUUCCAAGCCGACACCACUACGCCAAACUCCAAUUGCUCUAGUCCCUGUCCUAGUGUCGAAGAUCAACCGCUUCCAUUGCUUCCAGCUACGCAUAUCACAAAGACUUCACACCACCAACGUUCCACAUCCUCUCCUCACUCCUCCAACUCCACCCCAACUCCUAAAACAAUCUCCCCUGCCCCCUUAUCCCAACCCCCAUCAUCACCACGCCCAACACCCUCACCUAGAGCAUACCUUCAGAGUCCUUCCUCACCGAACGCCAUGCCAGAGCUACCCCCUGUCCAUGAGCAGGCAGCCAUGAUCGAGUACCUAGACACCUUUGCUGUAACGCAGCAGGUUAAGAACCUACUGCAGCAACACGGCUUAGGUCAGAAGGCCUUUGGAGAAUCAGUUCUGGGGCUGACCCAGGGCUCGGUCAGUGACCUCCUGUCCAAGCCAAAGAUGUGGCUCAAACUGAGCAUGAAGGGAAGAGAGCCUUAUGUCAGAAUGUACCUCUGGUUGCAGGACCUGGAUGGUAUCGCCAAGGUCAAGAACUACAAGCCAAAAAGAAAAGCAAGAAGAUACGUGAUGGUGAACUUACCCCCAGGUAACCCUCAAGGUGUCGGCAGUCCACCUUCAAAGAGAGCUCGUGUCUUGUUGACGCCUGAGGAAAAGGAUCAUCUGAAAGCUUCGUACGACAAGGAACCCUAUCCCACACAGGCCACCAUAGAUGCCUUAGCCGAACACCUGAAUCUUCCAACAUCCACAGUCAUCAACUGGUUCCACAACCACCGCUCGAGACUCAAGCGCGGAGCAGCCAACGUGGAUCCGGAGAACCGCCUGGUGUUCCACACCCACACAGAGAGCGAUAUGUCUGCCAGGCACGCCUUGAUGCAGGAGGAGGUGUCCCGCAGGGCCGCUUUGGAUGAGAGGUUGCGCCAGGGAAGGGACAAUGGGGAUGUGGGGGAAGAUUCGCCACAGGAACGGAUGGAUGAGGAGAGGGUUAACGAUUUGAAACAGGCCAUCGUUGCGCUGGAGAACGCGAGCAGGGAGGAGGAGGGUGAGAACCAAGGGAGAGCAAGAUACCAUGUGAGACGACAGGAGGAUUGGAUGGAAGGCCAGGAGGAGGAGAUGGAGGAGGACGUGGAUUAUGAUGAUGAAGAAGAAGUGGAGAGGGAGGAGAGGGAGGAGAGGGAGGAGGAGGAGGAGGAUGCAAAGGAUGUCGAUCACAUCAAGGCUACCGAAGAAGAGCAAAAUAUGCAAGUCAAAAACAGGAUGGAAGCUCCAAAGAAGAGGCCCAAGCUAGGCAUAGACGACACUGUCCACAGGUUACAGAAUGGCGUGAAGGAGGAGAAAGGGGAUUGGGAGUUUUAAGACAAUACUUCAAACAAUACUCCCUCAUUGUAUGUUUCUAGAUGUCCUGUGAAUGCAAUAACCCAACUAUUUUGGCAGGGAUCAUAAAGUCUGGGGCCUCGUAUUUUUCAUCGUGAUUCAAAUGUGUUCACUGCCUAUCAGAGAUGUUCGGCCAAUGGGCUUCUUCCAAGGGCAGUGUAGAUCAUGUCUUCAAGAAAUCAAGAGUGAUUGUUCUAUUUUUAUGGUAUUUAUUGAACAAAAUGAGCUUUCCUACUUAAUGAUGAUCAAAUGUUAAGGUACAGAUGUAGGUGUUGAUUGAUCAAUUAAUUUGAUAAAUGUCAUUCAGCAAAAUGGAUUAAAUUGUCAACCAAGUAAUUUGUCCAUUGUAUCAUUCCAUAUCUCUGGUUUUAUUUGAUAACGAACCCUUUGUAUUAUGUCUCUUUUUACUUAUUAGAUAACACAUUCCCUGGUUUAACCUGUUGCAUACAUGUACAGUUUGAUUUUAGUAUAACACAUUUUUUCCAUGGACUCUACCUUGAGUUAUCUCUGGUGUAGUUGUCAAUAGGUCAACAUGUAAAUUGUGCAGUGCAUGUCUCAUAAAUUUCAUUUGAUAUGAGUAUCAAGCAACUUUGAGAGCUUAAUCUUCAAAGCCAAUUGAACAACACACCUCGCUCCUUUCUCAAGUGCACAUCUAUGUGAUGAUAAAUAAAUUAAUGAACUACAUUUUAAUUUGUGGAAUUUAGAUCAAAUCCAGUUGGGUGGUGAUUGUAAUGGAAUGAUAUUAUGGAGAUAUGAAACAGGAGAUGCUUCUCAUUGCCAGUGGCUUAUCAUUAUGUAAUUAAUAAACUAUGAUUAUAUUCAUUGAAUCAUGUGCAAAAAUUUAUAUAAAUUCUGGAGGUAACCUAAGUGAAAUGAUAAGAAUUUAUGUGGCAUCGUAGCCAUGGCCUUUUUUCAUGUAAGGUUGCAUCUGCUCUAUUUUUUUUUAAUCGCUUUGAAGAUCAUGCUCUUGCCAAGUUAAUUCACAUUUGGGAGAGUAUUUGCAGUGACAUUGCAUUGGAGUGAAAUUUGACUGAUCAUGUGAUGAUUGCAGAUAAUUGUAAGUAAUUAUAAAUCAGGAAAAAAAUUAUGCUGGUAAAUUAUGCUUGAAAUAACAGCAGCAGAAGAAUAAAGAAGUAUUGAAUAAAUAAAAAGAACAAAUUCAGUUCUGGGAAUUACUUACCAGUAAGAAUAAUCUGAUGGUCAUGACUUGGUCCAAAAGUUUUUAUUUUUUAUUUUUUACUUGUGAUUGAGGGACAAGAGCGCAUGGAGAUCUACAUGUAUCUUCAUGUCACUAUACUAUUUUGUCUCUUGUUCUCUCUUUUACAUGAUAGAAUGAAAAGAUACAAAAAGAUAACCAUUACCAGCACUCAGCGUUGCCUUUCUAAUGAGUACAAGACGAACGAGGAAAGAAAGUUAUGUCAAACAAUACUUCCAUUGAUGUAAUCAUGUUAUUGUAAUCUAUUAUUUCUUUCACAAGAAAGGAGCAUAUUAGUAUAUGAAAAUGAACUACAAAGUACUUUAUGUAAUCACAUUUUGUCAGUUGAGAUGAAAUCAAAUGAAAAACUGCUUUAAUUGGUGCUCGCUUGUGGCUACUUACCAAACUCAAACAAUAUUAUAUUUAUAUUUUACGUGCCAUGUAUUUGAAAACGUUCCGUGUUGAACGAGAGCUCAAGCAUCAAACACAUACCCAUUGCAAUCAUCAUUUCUUUGAUAUGAAAGAAAUCAUGUUCUGUUUAAAAAUUCUUUGAUAACAAUGUUCAAUGUUUAGUGAUUGUAUUCUCGUUUCUGUAUGUAAAUUUGUACAUAAUUUUCAUUUUUACUUAACUUUGUAAUCGUAUUUCUUUUUUAAUCGUUAGCACAGUACACAAUGUGUUAGAUAGCAAAUGUAGUCAUACUUGCCCUUUGUGUUCUAUUUAUUUGAUCUUGCUGUAUUCUGUUUUCCAUUCAAAGUACUUAGGUAUUCAUUCUCGAUAUAGUUCAUUCAUUCAUUAUUAUUAUGUCAUUCAAUAUUUAUUCUUUAGGCUGGCGAUAUAUAUGCACUCAAUGAAUUGAGUUAUGUACUAGUGAGAAAGAAGAAAAAAGGCUCACAUGAAAUUAGAUAGGGCAAUAUUCAGCCUUAAUUUUGCAUUCAUUAUGUAUUUAAAUGUUACACAAGACAAUUACUUCUUAGCUUCAUCAAGGAGUACAGUUACGGUUAGCAUAGCAAGGUUCACUUUGUAUGUUCUCUGUGUCUUAGUAUUGUUUUGCCAACUCAUCUGUAAAAUAUCACAUUUAUCUGAUCUGAACUUUCCGUACAUACGGCGAUAGUGGUUUAGUGAUAGUCGGGAGCUUGUUAAGUCAUUCAAAAUGUUUUCAGUCCUCAAUUGGAUGAAAGAUUGCCUUGCUUGAGUUUCUGUUUGGGAGGGAGGGGGGAGGGGGGGGGGGGUGUGAUCACAUAGUUUUUACCCCCACCAGCUGGUGUGAUGAAUCAUCAGUUCCUUUCAUUUAAUUUUCUACAGACUGGUUACUGUCGGUCUUAAUAUCUCAAAUAUAUCAGCACAUGAUGAGACGUGAACAAAUACGCAAUAUGAAUCAACUCUUUUUUGGGGGAAAAACUAACUCGCUACUAGAGCACUGACUUGAUAUGUAUGUAGUUAAGCAUUAGAUACAGAUGGUGGUUAACUUGUAAGAUUUUAAAAUUGUGUCCUGAGUAGAAGCACAAAUCUGACUUUCAUGAAGGAGUCUAGUAUUCAGCAUAAGCUACCAAUUAUCGUAUAACAGUAACUAGUACCAGUCCAGGCAUGCAGUUUUGUUUUUUUAAACAAUUAAGAUUUUACACUUUUUUUUCCAUUUACAUGUAUAUGUUUGUGUAGACAUUUAACUGUAUUUUUGAAUGCGGGUACUACCCGGUAAGUCAUUUACAUAGAUAAUUGCACCAAAACUGAUAAUGACAUUCUUAAGUCGACUAGAAUGGUACUUAAGUAGUGGGAGAGGAGGUAGGGGUAAGGGGGAGGGGCAUUACUUAUAAUUGAGUAAUGUACAGGAGGAUAGCAUUAAUUUCUGUGUUUUAAUUAUUUUGAGAACUUCUGACAGGAUGGACUUUUACAACAUUUUCAUUUUUUAUUUUUUAAAGUUUAUGAUGAUUGGAAGUCAGAUACAUUUGAAAAUUGGAAAAAUAUCACCAAAGAUUUAAUCAGAAAAGCAGAUCAAAAUUACUUUCUUGGGCUAUAUAGCAAAAAAUACAGUAAAUCUUCAGAAUUGCCAUUCCUUAUUGCCAUAGCUGUUUUUUAUGAUUCAGCCCAACCGUUGCAUUCUGGCUGUGAAAUGUACUCACCAUGUUGAAAAAUAUUCAGGAGUAGACAGUUUUUGGUGAGCUCUUAUUGUGUUUUUUUAAAGAGCUGUGGGCAAAAAUGUUGAGAACCUAGAGAAUUCUUGCAAGGAAAUCACACUUUGAAGAAAUUCUGAAAUGAGCUCUCAUGAACAAAAAUAUGCUUGUUUGCACUAAAGAGAAGAUUUCUCUUUAGUAAAACAUCAAUAGAGAGUGAGAGAGAGGGAGAGAGAGAGAGAGAGAGAGAGAGAGAGUGUGGUGAGAGACCAGUAUAUGCCUUGUCAUAAAAAGGGAAAUUGUAUUUUGUGCCAUAUUAAAUGUUGCCAUAUAUAGAAUGAUGUAUUCAUGGAUCUAAAGCCAAUACCAUUUUACCAGCCAAAAAACUUGUAGUAUCAUAUUUCAUUGGAAAUAAAAGAAUGUUCCUGAAAUGGAACUGCUCAUCAUUUUAAAGAUCGUUUGAUUGAGCUAAUACAGCCUCGUCAUCUGAAAGACCACUUGGAUUAUUGUGUCUGUUAAGAGCCAGAAGGAUGUUAACUCUGCAUUGAAGUAUAGGAGUUAAUGCCCUUCUAGCUUCAAUGCAGCCUGUUAAGAAAUGCUCAAACUUUAGUGUAACUCUUUCCUAUUAAACAAACCAUUUAUAUUCAAUUAUUUCUCUUCAUUGCACUCCUGACAUCAGCAUUCAGUCAGCAGACAUUGUGCUUGUGUCUCUUCAGUUUACAGACAUUGUUUGCUGCUAUGCCAGGCAAUGCUUCAAUGAGAAUGGCGUGAAAACAGUUUAGAAUCAUGUUAUAUUUGAUACUGAGAACUCCACAGGAAAUGGUGCUCAUGUCGUUCUAUUUUGAUAUGUUUGUAUUAUACUGUCAUACCUAGCACAGCCAAAGUUACCAGUAAUUCAGUGCAUUAAGCAUCAAAUGUGUACUUAUUCCGACGUAUAUGUGUAUUAAAAUCAUUUUGGGCGUAGAGGCAAAUUCAUAUUUAUUCAAACCGAUGGCUGAAGGUACAUGUAUAUGUAUUCAGUAUAUAUAGUUGUUUCAUUUGCUUUGUACUAGUGCAGGCUCUGGUAGGCAAAAUGUAGGGGAAAGGUUUAGAAAUGUCAUGAUUUUCAGUUUUUCCCCCACCCUCAAAAACAAGAAAGAAAUGAAUACUGAAAAUGUAUUUUGAUUAUUCUGAAAUGUUAUCAAUUGAUUAAGAAUCAAUGCGCAUAUGACAUGCAUUUUAGUCCAAACUAAAAACACAAAGUAUAAUUGUCAUUUGAGAAAAGUGGAAAAUUGCAAGAAUAAUAUGCAAAAUUUGUGUGACGAAGAUGAGGGAAAAUUUUCACAUGAAUCUUACUCCCCGGAACAGAACAUAAAAGGAUGAGUAUCAAUUGUAAACUUGGGGAAAAAACUGGAGUAAUAUUUAUAAUCGUUUGAAGAUUGUUCAUGGAAAAAAUAACAUGCAUUUUCAAGUUACCCAAAACUCAGACCUGGGGUUAAAUGUCAAUUAGAAACUGAGGAAAACAGGAAGAUUAUUCAUUGUUGAUUUGACAAAUAUUUUGGAACAUUUUGCCUUCGGACCCUUUGGCAUUAUCCAGCCUAGAACCAGCAUAGUCUGUAGUAUGUGUCUUUGUGCUGCAUAAUUGUAUGUGCGUUACUAUUUAUCUUGCCAUUAUUAUUACUAUAUUAUUACUUUGUAUACAAUCCAUAUAUUAUAUGAUACACAAACAAACCACUGCGUAACAUUGUACUGUCGUCCGCUGAGAAACCGGGGAGGGCGUCGCCUCUUCCCCUUUUACACCGAGACUUAACGCCCUCCUGGCUCUCAAAGGCGAUACAUGAUGGACUUCCAAAAGAUGACAAAAAAUAUUGAACAAAAGAAUCAUGAUUGUUUUUUUCUCUUUUCUACAGAUUGUAAAUUUAAGGAGGAAAAAAAAGGAUGAGGAUUUCAGUGGUGUCUGAAAUGAAAUCCUUGGUUGAAAAGGAUAAUUUUUGCAUUAAAAAAAUACACGAAUAAAAGACGUUGUCUUAAGUAUUUCUAA